AUGGACACAAUAUCAGGCGAAUAUGAAGACCCAGGAUCACCACUUCUGAAACCAUCUGCGCUCCGGGUAUUAGUUCAGACAUUGACACACUUCGUCCCCGCAGAUGGCAGGGCUCCAGAAGGCGAUCUAUACAGCAGCAAACUGAUGGCAAUGCUUGAUCGAAUAUGCCAGCAUCAUUGGAACUGUGACUUUCAACCCGGUGUGCAGCGCUUUUACUCCUACGGUGAUGAAUUCGGUUACAACAAUCGUCGGUGCUUCUUUCUUGUCGAUUACGGUACCUCUGAUAACGACGAUGAUGUGCCGAUUCUAUGCUACGAGUGGACAGGAGAAUCGUUCAAGCCUACGCCUCAACUCCUACAAAACGAGGAAGUGCAGGCAGAGCUCAAAGAUAUACCUUUUACGCCUGGGCCAGACGAGCCAUACGAAAAGCCUCCUGUACCAAGGACUGUGCGGAGGAGGCUUCGAAAAGCCCAGGCAAUUCCUAAUAGAGAGCUAGAUUAUCUAAUGGUACAUCCUGAAGAUAUGGAAUGGCUCGAACGAAAGGUCAAACCGAGGUUUUGGGCUAAUCUUUUGGGGCAGAUUGAGCGUCGACAUAAGGAGAAGGAGGAGAUAGAUAUACUUCUGUAUAACUGA